AUGAGUCGCCCACCGUAUUACGUCCCGAUCCAUAUGAUGGAGAAUUCUCGACCUCCUCAAGCCCCUCAAGCUCCACAACCCACGGAGAGCAAUCCUGAGAGAUGGAACGUUCGAAAUCUCCCUAAUAUGCCUGCAUGGAUCUCCACUGAUCGUGGCCGCUUUCCAAAACGAGAAUCUGCUCCUACGAGAAUCCCCUGCAUUGCGCACUGUGACCUAGUGGCUGAUGCCAAGGCUAAAGCUAGCAGCUUAUUUGAUUUAUAUCCAGAUAUUCUUUGCUAUGUAAGCAAGCCUACCAACUGGGAUGACCUUUGCUUUCUUUGGGAUGCAGCCGAUAUUCAAUUGGAGAGCCCUGGAUUCCUCUAUUAUGUCAUGUUUUUCAUUGGCGAGGAAAAUGAGCGACGCAAACCAGACAUACAGAAGUCGAUAAAGCACGAAAUCAAUGAAUAUGUCGAAGCCUGGGUUAUAGAUCAUAGAGACCUCGUUUUGAACUCUGCUGCGGGUAGCAUGCACCAUCACUUCUGUCAGCAUGAACCUGAGAACGUUUCUCCAGCGCUAAAGCCAAUGCUUGAAGCAGCUUUGGAGAGUUGUCGUUUACGCCUGUUACAAGCCACCUCGACAGUGACUAAUUCAGUCCCUUCUCAUGAUGCAUAUCAGCUGUUGCAUCCUCAAGGUCCCAGCGUUCCGAGUAUCAGAGCUGUCUCAGGCAAUGGGACUCGUCAUAUUCAAGCCGGAAACCAAGUCAAUCGACCAGCAAUUGCUCCUAUAACAGGAAAAGCAGCAGGAGUAAAUCUUGUAUCGCAUCCUUUCAGUCCCAUGCAACCUCAAUCCAAGUCUAGCUUUCAUACCGGUAGGACUGCUAGUAUGCCGUUGGCUCCAACAGCUCAGAACCAAUUGAAAUCUGCGAAUCGAGGUGAAGCUGCCACGGGGAUGACAUCAACUGAUCCUCACCAACAAUCACAAAAAUACGAUCGCUUCUUCAAAGAUCAGCGCAGUAUGGGCAAUAAGAUUAAUGCUACAACUAGCCUGAAUGCUUCCCCAACUCGUUCCGAGAGUCACCAAAACGAGAAUGGGCUGCGUAACAAAUCUAGGCAUCGUGGGAAUUCGAUUGAGACUCAACAAAAUAGAAGACAUCAAUGGACCGGCGCUCAUGGAACUCAGCCGAGCAAGUUUAUACACCCAUCGCAAAAUAAUCAGCAACAAAACAUGUUCUAUAGCACGCGAGGAAGCCCUCCUCGAGUUCUUCAGCCCGAGCCUAUUUACUUCCGUAACGAGCAUGCACCCAUCACUAUUACUGAUAGCUUUAACCGUCGCAUGGGCAAAGAUAAUCCGGUUGGUUCUCGCAUGGAUCUUCCUAAUGAUGUUCGAAAGCUUAAGAAUUUUGAGAAUUCUAAGAAUAGUCAGCCACUACCCGGUUUAGGUGAAAUGGAAGGAGAUCCAAACCUCUUUAAAACAGAUGAUUACUGCUUGUAUACCUAUGACAGUGCAGCGUCAAGAUCCUUCUCUGGCCGGACCCUAUACAUGACAGGUGUAGAUUUGAAGAUGUUUUACACGCAUGAGUUGAAGACUCUAAUGUCUAAAGUCGGAAACGUGGUGUCAAUCAAAUUCUUACUCCGGCCCAACAACAAUGGUCCAACUUUUAUAACAUUCGAUGCCGAUGUCUUAGCUAUGGCAAUUGAGAAAUUUGAUGGCUACAAGAUGCCAGAUGGGCGUGUACUAACAGCAGGAUAUCCACUUGAAAAUUCAAGAGAGCGAUCGGGCAGUAACUCCAGCUACCACGGUUACCAUGCAGAUAGUCAAAACCGCUAUUUAUUCAAUCCUGCGGCCGACAAUCGAGCUUGGUCAAGAAAAAACUCGAUAUCCCAGCAUCGACCCUCGAAAUCUCAGAGUGGCCAAACCCAAUUUCGUUAUCAGAAUGGCAAUCAUAUGACUCCAGGAAAUGUCGCUGAUCCCUUUCCAUAUACACCAGAUUCUCAGUCUAUCCCUUCAUAUCCUUUGACACAAGCACCACUUCAACAAAUUCCAGGACAUGGACUAAGUGCGGCUUUCACGGAAGUUAUUCAGCAUGAAAGAGGAGUAGGAGCAUAUUUCCAACAACAAAUGCCUCGUGCCGUAUUAGACAAUAGAACAAAUACUGCCGGUGCAGCACCAUAUCGAACAUAUAGUGGAGCCCAGGCAGACCGCCAUCGUAACGGCACAAGACCUGGAGCUGAUCACAACAUGGCAAAUUUGCCUAACCGCCCAGGCAACAAAAAGGAGAACUCGCCAAUCAAGAAAACCUUUUCACAAUCUAGGCCUACUGGGAAGGAUUCAACUAACAGUCCGGGCAGCCGACACAAGAAGACAGUUGACCAAAAUACGUCAGCCAAUACAACCCCGAUUGUAACUCCCGUCAGUCCGACGUCUCAAAUUCAAUUGAACAAUCAAAAUGUGGUGGCCUCACUAAAGGCUUUGCCAAUCGACGAACCAACAAGCUCUACACCAGACCAAUUGUUAACCAAUGAAGACAAAGUAGAGACCAUGGUUGCUAUGGAGAUGGAGAACGUUGAACAGAUAUCUAUUGAGAUUCUCGAAUCAACAAGCCCUAUCGACAGCUCCUUGCCAGAGCCAUUGGGCGGAACAGUAGCCGAAAUGGACUCGGAAUCAAUGUCUCAAGGAAGGGCGAAGAAUUUCAAGAAGAACAAAAAGCAACUCAAAUCCAACAGCAAGGCCGAGGUCGAUAAGGAAAAAAAUAUUAUCGUAACUCCUGCCAUACUUUCACCAACUGAAUCGACAGUUACAAAUCCAUCACUUGGCGGCGAAGACGCACUGUUCAGUGGAGACUCCACCCGGAAACCAAGUGUCUCUUCCACUGAAUCUGUAUCUAACGAUGCCUCGAAAGACUCCACUCUCCAACAAGCUACGGUUGUAAUCGAAGUUCCAAAAGACAGCGAACGAACAACUGGAAAGUCCUUAGAUAAUGAAGUCAAAUCUGAAAAGAUCUCGAUCCAAAGUGUCACUACGGCUUCAAUUACACCCAGUGUACCUCUUGCAAAGUUCAACCACAAGAAGUCAAAGACUCACGUUUCUACCAAGGAUUUCAAGAAACAAUCCCAGUCGAAUAGUCCAGACAGUAGUAAUGUUUCUUCAACCACCAAUACUGGAUCUGUCCGUAAGACCGAGCCCAAGACAGUUAAACACCAAGGCAAAGUCUCUAAAGAUGGUAGUUCUGAAUCUUCGGGGCAACAAGAACAUCCAAAGACCGAUUUGAAGCACAAGAAGAAGCGAAGCUUGCCUGAGGUCAAUCAGGAGAAGGGCGCGCCUUCAAUCUCAGUUGACCCCACCAACUCAUCUGACUGGCCCGCUCUGGCUCCUUCCAAGUCUCCCCCUUCAAGUAUUGCUGAUGGAAAGCCACCACAAUUACCUGCACUGCCAGCCGUGAAUCAUCGCAAAACUAAGGAAGUAAUUGUACCGGCAUUGCCACUCAAGCCGCACCGACAAUCGGAUUAUACGCUAGGGAGCAAGGCUUGGCCGUUCGUAAGAAAAUGCAAACGAAAGGUCUCACCGGAAGUUAGCGGUGGAUGA